GUGUCGCGUACGCUGGCGCGAUGCUGACGGCCUCAGCUGCGAUGGUGGAGACGUGCCUGCUGCUGCCGGGCGCCGUGCCGGCCGAGAAGGAAGUCGCGCGAGCCCGUGGGGCCGCCCGCUGCCUGUUCGGCCCGGCGGACCCGGGCGCAGCAGAACUGCUGUUGCGGGAGCAGCUGGCAGCCGAGAGGGAGCGCUUGCUGUGGCGGUUUGGCUUCCGAGUCGUAGCAGCGCUGGCGGCCGAGGGCGUGGAGGCAGGCCUGGGGGCGGAAGAAGAGCUGGCUGCGAAGGAGGAGGCGCAACCCCUCGGUCCGGCGUCGGCGCCGAGCUUGCGGAGACCCAGGGCCAAGCCUUACCACCGCCAGACCACUGUUAAAGAUUUCUACAGGGUGCAAAAGACACCUGCCGACAAGAAGCUGGAAGCGGUAUCCAGCAGACAGACAGAAAGCGUGUGCGCCGAGGCCGAUGCCGACUGAGCUGGUGCGACCGCACUCUCGGCUUGAGCGCUGGGAAGUCUUCCAGAGGACUGCCGUUUGAAGAGGCUCGUUCCGGUACACGCCAUCUGCGACAAGCAGGGCGGGUGGAGAACCUGCAUCCGAACGACACUCCGUCCACCACGUAGUGUGGCCGGUCCUCGGAAAUCAGCGGAUCUCGUAAAUCUGUAGAUCCGACCACUUACUGUGACGUCACGCACGCUUGCGCAGAGGACUCUGGUGUGGUGCGAGGCGCAUACCCUUCUGUUUUCCUGUAUUUCUGUGCUGCUAUCAGUGCUAGUACCGUAUAGCACUCGCCAGAGACUCUACAUUAAUACAGUUUGAUGUAAUACAGUCUUGGUCAUACUCUCCCCUGUAAUGUUUACUUCAUUCUUGAACACUGUUGUUAACAUUUUAAUUCUUGAGGGUAUGUGUGAUGUGCAAUGUUGUAAAUAGCCUGCAAAAGAAAACUUCCUCUGAAAGAACACAGGAUUAUUCGACAUUAUCACUACUGAUAAUAGUGUUUAGUACUUAGGGUGUUCAAGAGGUCUUACACAUUAUUUAUUGCAUUAUAAAAAUGUAAAUAGUCAAAGUAAAAAUUAUUUAAAUGUUGUAAGCUAACAUACCAAAGCCGGAGGACAGUGGGUGUGAUAAUAUUGUUUUAAAAGAUUUAGUUUCUGUUGCUCAUUCCGUUAGAAACGUAUUAUUCCUUUUGUCACUUGUGUUGAGUUGAAAUAAUUGGUACAGUGUACAGACAACAUGAGUAUCGCAGAUAAAUAUUUGGGGAGAAAUUCUGCAUCUUUUACGAUAGUCUUCUUGUUAUUGUUGACUGAAAUGUGGAAAUUAAGAGAAGACUCGUUGUGAAUCUCAAAUUGCAACUACUUAGUUUUAUUAAUUCUCGUGAAACAUUAUUUUGUUUAAACGUGAGGUUAAUUUAUUUCACUGUUUUGUCGUAAAAGUAAUUUUUAUCCUAACGUUGCAUCAACUAUUGGCUGCAAAGGUCUUAGGCAUAACUUACACGCACUCUACUUUUCUAAAUAGUAUCUGCACCGCGUGAUUUAGUGUUUCCCUCGCACUCCAAGCACUGUCCAUGCUUCGCAAAAUAUCGUGCCUUACGUGUUUGUCGAUCCUAUUCUAAAUGUCAUGUGUAGAUGUGUCUUGUUGUGGAGUUCCUAGCUAGGCACAAAUUUCGCCAGCAAAUCCCUAGUUUGUCGCCUCUUCUUGUCUGGCUAGCUUUUCUGAGAGCUGCCAGCCUACAGCGGAUAGGCCAAAGAAAGUGCGUAACACACACGUUGCAUCCUUAGCAGUGUAGUGUAAGUGUUCCAUCCAUUGGCGAUUUCGUCUUCUCUUGACUAACCACUCUAGUCACCCCUAAAUAAUCUUAGUAUUUGACAUCUGCAAUUACCUUUAAGGGGAAAGUAUGUAAAUUUUGUGAAAGAGAUUGACAAAGUCAAAAUAUUUAAUGUAUAAAUGUAAGUAUUUAACUUUGUGUAAGUGCGCUGUAAUACUGAAAUGUUGAGGGUCUUCGUAGCAUUGUGUCUUACUUCAGGCAUAAGUACAUCUAAAACAAAGGGAAUUAUCUUUGUGGUAUCGUUGUAUAUUACUGGAUGUUGAUUCUAUGAUGAAUGUACAGUUUAAUUUAAUCUGUCCAUUAAUUAUUACGUAAUGAUUGAAAUGCUGUCGUUCAGAUUAUUAAAUAAACAUUGUAUAUUCCGUUCA